AUGGGUCCCGAAAUAAUUUCCGUCAUCGAGCGGCAUCUUGGCCAUCUGGUUGAUGGAAUGAUGUGCUCACAAUGCUUUGCUAUCAUAAUGCAAGAAAUGUCUAAUGAUAGUGUUCUUGCACACGGAGAUCAUGAACUCAGCGUUGCCAUGAUAGCAAUGUUUAUGUUAGGUGUAGGACAUCUUUGUUUAGGACGUGUGCUCACUCGAUUCCCGAGGGUGCAGAAAGGCAAUAUAUUGCUGAAACAAUUGCUCCAAGAGAGAUACCAGAGGGUGCCUUAA